AUGUCAGAAAUAGAACCAAAAAAGAUCACAUACUGCGGCGUAUGUUCCUACCCACCGGAAUUCUGUGAGUUUGGCAUAUCAUUAGCCAAAUGCCAACAGUGGCUUCAAUCCAACCACCCAGACCUCUACACCAAACUUUACCCCAACAUCGCUUCACCGUCCUCACAAGCUUCCGAUUCAGCCACAGGUGACACACCAGUCUCCACCCUAGCAGCUGCUGCAUCAUCUCUCUCCAUUGACCAAAACAACAAGAUCCAACAAGAUUUAGCUAAGAAACAACAUCGUGAAGAAUUGAAGCAACAAAAGGAAUUGGCCAAAAAACUUAGCUCGAAAAUCACCAUUAAGCGAAUUGAGAGAAACAAGAGGAAACACAUCAUUAGUAUUUCCGGUUUAGAAGUGUUUAAUAUUGACUCUAAAAAAUUAGCCAAGACAUUUGCGUCGAAAUUCGCCACUGGUGCUAGUGUCACCAAGAAUGCGGAGAAGUUGGAUGAGAUUUUGGUGCAGGGUGAUGUUAGUGACGAGGCCAAGUUGUAUAUUGAAGGAUUGUUGAAGGAACAAGGGUUGGAGGAUGUUAAAGUUGUACAAGUUGAUGAUAAGAAGAUAUUGAAGAAGGCUGCUGCUGCUGCUGCUGGAGGGGGAGGAGGAUCGGGAGGUGCUGGAGGGGGUGCUGGAGGAGCUAACAAAGGUGCCAAAUAG